UUAGUCGAAAUGUCAGAUUUUUUAAUAUUUAAUUGGAUUUACGUUAACAAAACUGAGAUUUAUUAGAUUUUUUGUUCACGAGAUAUUAAUCAUAUCUUACUUUACGUAUAUCGAGGCCGGGAACGGCGUACGCAUUUCACCCCAUUCGCCCAGAAAGAGAAAGAGGAAUGUCCACUUUUAGUUUACUCCUUCAUUACUGAGCUUUGCUUUCAUAAAAAGGAAUCUGGAAGUUCAGGUCUCCUAGAAGGCAAUUGCGACAAGAAGAUAAAAAAUAUUGUACCAAUUUGCACAACACGGUUAGAUGCAAGAAUGGCAGGUCAAGGGUCUGUUACCAUGACAGAAGAAAUACAUCAUAACAGAGAAGGUGGAACUGGUCAUUUAGAAGAAGAAAUGGAAACAGAAGUGACACAACCAUCAAGUGCACAGGUGACCAAUCAAAACCAAACACCUUCAAAUGGAAGUAACCUGGCCUUGGAAACUGAUGCUCCUGUCAGUUCCAGCAGUAGUGACCAUGAGAUAGCUGUAUCAGGGGUAGCAUUGGAAACAAAGCUGAAAGUUUACCCUUGUGAUGCCUCUGGUUGGCAGUUCUAUCUUGACUACUUAGCCAAUAAAUUGUCCAAAGAGAUAUCUGAAAUGGCUGCAUACCUGGGCGUGGAUUCAGCAAAAGUAGAUGAAAUUAAAAAUCGAUGCAAAUCUAACCGUCAUGAAAUGUGUUUCAAUGUCUUAUGGUCAUGGUAUGGCAAGAACCCUGACAACGAAAAACGAAUUAAUCAAAUCAACACUGCUUUAAGGGAAUCUGGCCGUGUAGACCUUGCUGAUGAACUAAUGGAAAGAAAGGCUCCGAAGCCAGAAGACUUCAAGUACAAGGAUGUAAUUAAAAACCCUGAAAAUAGAGUUGACAGCAAUGAUGCACGUAAGGUCGGAAAACAGUUAACGCUGACUUUCCAGAGUCUAGCACGGUAUUUUGGUCUAAAUGAAAACGAUAUACAAACUAUUUCCCUCAACAAUAGUGAUGACAUACGUGAACAGUCCUACAGUGCCAUUAAUUUAUGCAUUCAACAACGGAAGAUCAAAGACCGACAACAUCUGUGUAAUGGACUUGUCUACUUGGAAAAACAUACAGCUUUAGAUGAGAUUAAGAAAAUGUGGUGUCCUUAAGCAGUUGUGCCUUAUCCAUUAUGAUGACACUUCAUUUAUCUUGCAACAUGCAAUUUCAUAAGAUAUAUAUUUUGGUGAAUUUAAACAAAAUGACACUCUCAAGACUGGAUUUAUUAUCUAAAUUUUGAUCAAUGUUCAGGUUCAAAUACAUUAUUCAUACAUGUCAAAGUAGAUAUUGAGAGUAUCGGUCACCUGAUUAAUUACAGCCACUGCUAAUGAGAAUACAAUAUCAGUCACCUGAUUAAUUACAGCCACUGCUAGUGAGAAUACAGUAUCGGUCACCUGAUUAAUUACAGCCACUGCUAGUGAGAAUACAGUAUCGGUCACCUGAUUAAUUACAGCCACUGCUAGUGAGAAUACAGUAUCGGUCACCUGAUUAAUUACAGCCACUGCUAGUGAGAAUACAGUAUCGGUCACCUGAUUAAUUACAGCCACUGCUAGUGAGAAUACAGUAUCGGUCACCUGAUUAAUUACAGCCACUGCUAGUGAGAAUACAGUAUCGGUCACCUGAUUAAUUACAGCCACUGCUAGUGAGAAUACAGUAUCGGUCACCUGAUUAAUUACAGCCACUGUUAAUGAGAAUACAGUAUCGGUCACCUGAUUAAUUACAGCCACUGCUAAUGAGAAUACAGUAUCGGUCACCUGAUUAAUUACAGCCACUGCUAGUGAGAAUACAGUAUCAGUCACCUGAUUAAUAAGUAGCCUCUGCUAGUGAGAAUACAGUAUCGGUCACCUGAUUAAUUACAGCCACUGCUAGUGAGAAUACAGUAUCGGUCACCUGAUUAAUUACAGCCACUGCUAGUGAGAAUACAGUAUAGGUCACCUGAUUAAUUACAGCCUCUGCUAGUGAGAAUACAGUAUCAGUCACCUGAUUAAUUACAGCCACUGCUAGUGAGAAUACAGUAUCGGUCACCUGAUUAAUUACAGCCACUGCUAGUGAGAAUACAGUAUCGGUCACCUGAUUAAUAAGUAGCCUCUGCUAGUGAGAAUACAGUAUCGGUCACCUGAUUAAUUACAGCCACUGCUAGUGAGAAUACAGUAUCGGUCACCUGAUUAAUUACAGCCACUGCUAGUGAGAAUACAGUAUCGGUCACCUGAUUAAUUACAGCCUCUGCUAGUGAGAAUACAGUAUCAGUCACCUGAUUAAUUACAGCCACUGCUAGUGAGAAUACAGUAUCGGUCACCUGAUUAAUUACAGCCUCUACUAGUGGGAAUACAGUAUCGGUCACCUGAUUAAUUACAGCCACUGCUAGUGAGAAUACAGUAUCGGUCACCUGAUUAAUUACAGCCACUGCUAGUGAGAAUACAGUAUCGGUUACCUGAUUAAUUACAGCCACUGCUAGUGAGAAUACAGUAUCGGACACCUGAUUAAUUACAGCCACUGCUAGUGAGAAUACAGUAUCAGUCACCUGAUUAAUUACAGCCACUGCUAGUGAGAAUACAGUAUCAGUCACCUGAUUAAUUACAGCCACUGCUAGUGAGAAUACAGUAUCAGUCACCUGAUUAAUUACAGCCACUGCUAGUGAGAAUACAGUAUCGGACACCUGAUUAAUUACAGCCACUGCUAGUGAGAAUACAGUAUCAGUCACCUGAUUGAUAACUAGCCUCUGCUUGUGGGAAUUUCCAUUUGGUGAAUCAGUUUAGUGUACAGCCAAAAGAUUUCUGGUUUAAGCCCCAGCUGGGGCAGAAUUCCUUCCUUAGCUAUGUACAUAUUUAUACUGUUGUUCUGAUGACAGCUAGCCAAACAAACAGAAACAUUAAACAUGAAAUAUAGAUGUUGAUCCAUC